UUGAAGUGUCCAAUGCAAAGCCAUUGGACAAGGUAUAAUAAUAAUUCGAUCAAAUCGUGAUGAAUAACCUUGCUGUUUACAUAGUAAUUUACACAGAUCCAACAAUAAAUAUAUACUCAUCCCAUAACUUAUUCUUACAAAAAAAAAAAACACCAAUAAUUAAGUUCUCAAAUUUGUAAUGGAUGAUGAUGAUGGCGGCGCAGCAUGCUGCCUCAUCUGCGCAUGUAUCAUCAUCAUAGUUCUUCCCAUAACCCUAAUUUCACUAAGCCUGAAAACCCACAACCCCAAAAUCGACGUCGAAGAUCUCUACAUUCCGGCGAUCAACGGCAUGGCCGGGUCCAACGCGACGCGGCUCAACACCUUCAUCUUCAUCGACCUCAGCCUCCGCAACGUCAUGCGCUUCAACGGCCUCCGCUACGAGGCGCUCAACCUCACCUUCUUCUACGGCGGCAACCGGAGCGCCGCCGUGGCGGAGGCCGCCGUCCCGGGAUUCUACCAGGGGGUGUGGAAGACGGCGCGCAAGACGGCGGUGGUGCGCACGAGCGGGCUGCCGUGGGACGACGCCUUCGACCGGAUCUCCAGAGGGCUCACGGUGGACCUCGCCGUGCAGCUGGCCAUGACGGUGAAGCUGCGGCGGUGCGGCGUGUAUAUGAAGAGGAAGGAGGUGGUGGUGGCGGCGGUGGUCAGCUUGGAUGGAUCUGGUGAAGAAGUGGAUGAGAAGGUCGUCGGAUUGAAUGAAUUGAAGCCAUCCAAAUAAUGAUUUUGGAUAGUGGAGAAUAAAUUUGGCCAUAAACUAAUUAGAGGUUAUUAUGUUUCUCUUUAUGAACUGAAUUAGAAUGUGUUUCUCAUAAAAAAAAUAAAGUUAAAUAAAAAUCAGUGGUGCAUUGUGUUUGCUUGUAGAAGAAAUCGUGAUGUAUCAUGUCAUUAAUUUGAUUUAUUGUAAAUUCCAUGUUAAUUUGUAAUUUUUUGUAAUUAAAUAAGAUUUUGUUUCCAAUAU